GAGCACCAGAGCACUAGAUGAUUUAACCUACACCGGUGGACCUUUCUAUGGAAAAAUUAACUAUAAUUAACAGAAAAUUCAAUCAACACCAACGAAAAACAGAGAAAUAAUGAUUUUGUGAGUUUUUUGAGGCAGAUAUUAAUCAAGAGUGAAAUUGUCGUCGCAGAUAAUUAUGAUUCAAGGAUACAAAACCCUCUGCUGCGUGGGGUCUCGACUGUCCCCAGUGUUAUCUUCACGUUUUGCCUCGACUCUGACAAAACCAGAAGCCAAAAAAAAUCGAAAUGAUCUCUUCGAAUCGGAGAAGCGUCGCCAGGUCGCAUCAGUGGGUAGAAUCGAGAAGAUCAAGGUGAUUUAUCACGGGCCAGAGGAUGAGAUCACUCUCCUCAUGAACAAGGACCUGUCAACGCCCCACGACUGUGCGAUGCACAUUUCCGAUGGUGUCACCAAGACAUCAGCCCUGGCCUCAGUCGAUGGAGCUCCUUGGGAUCUUCACAAACCAUUAGUAUCAGACUGUAACCUCAUACUCUCCAGCAUGCGAACUCCAAACGACAGAUCAGUAAACAACGCCUUUUGGAGGACGUGUUCUCUGAUGCUGGGGGCUGUCGUUGAUUCAGCCUUCAAGGACGACAUCCCUUGCCACCUCCACAGCUUCACGUCACCAAAUAUCAAGUCUGGGAGUUUCAUUUACGAUGUUCACCUGGAGUUGCCUGAUUGGAAUCCUACGGAGGCUGAAUUGCGAUCAUUAUCCAGUCUUUUUACUAAACUCAUUCGUGAGGAACUCCCAAUUGAGCGUUUGGAGAUUGGAAAGGACAUGGCUUUGGAGAUGUUUCAAGAGAAUCCCUUCAAAACCAAACAGAUCCCUAAUAUUGCGCAGAACAACGAGGGGAAGAUCGUGGUCUAUCGAGUUGGGGAUCACAUUGACAUCAGCAAGGGGCCAAUGAUUGGCAACACUAGACUCGUUGGCAGAUGCACGAUUGGCGCUAUUCAUAAAAUUCAGAAUGACGCGGGGGAGAAUCUCCACAGGUUCCAGGGCGUUGCUUUACCCAGUGGAAUAAUUGUUAAUCAUGUCAUCUAUGGGCUCAUGGAGGAGAGGGCCAAGAAGUUCAAUCAGACCGUCUGGAUGCCUCAGAGAUUGGAUCACGAGGAUUCUGUUGCUGUUGCUGCUAACAAUUAAGCGAUUUUUCAUGGUAAUUGUGUAAAUAAAAUCAGGUCGAACACUU